CUCUCAGCCGAUUAAUACAUGAGCGUCAUAGGAAGGAGGGACACAGAAGGAACUUUCAACACAGGGAGAUUAUUCUGUACUUUAUUACAGAUAUUGGAGGAGCAUUUGUGCCGAGGACUCAAUCACAGAAGGAUUUGAAUAGCGUGACCCAGAGAAAUCACCCAAGACCCAGCAAUCCGCAGAGUCUUCAUCUGAGAGAGAGCAGCAUGGCCGCAGACAAGAAAGUUACUGGACAGUUAAUCCUCGCAGUGAGCACUGCAGUGCUGGGGUCCGUGCAGUUCGGUUACAACACUGGUGUCAUCAAUGCCCCUCAAAAGGUCAUUGAAGGAUUUAUUAAUCAUACCUGGAUACAACGACACGAUGAAUCUGUUGAUCCAUCAAUGCUCACCACCAUUUGGUCUCUGGCUGUCGCCAUUUUCUCAGUGGGUGGUAUGUGUGGAUCAUUUUCGGUGGGAUUGUUUGUCAACCGAUUUGGAAGGCGGAAUUCGAUGCUGAUGAUCAAUGUCUUGGCAUUCAUUGGAGCUGCUCUCAUGGGAUUCUCUAAACUGGCUAGCUCAUUUGAAAUGCUUAUACUGGGACGGUUCAUUAUUGGCAUUUACUGUGGUUUGACCACAGGUUUUGUUCCCAUGUAUGUCGGGGAGAUCUCUCCCACAGCUUUGAGAGGAGCUCUCGGGACUCUACAUCAGCUGGGAAUUGUCAUUGGAAUUCUGAUUGCACAGAUUUUCGGGCUGGAGUCUAUUAUGGGAGGUGAAUCACUCUGGCCGUUGCUGCUCGGGUUUAUCUUCCUGCCAGCCCUGAUACAGUGUAUUGCUUUACCAUUCUGUCCAAAGAGCCCACGCUUCCUCCUUAUCAACAAGAAUGAAGAGAGCAAGGCAAAGAACGUUCUGAAGAAGCUUCGUGGGACAACUGAUGUGAGCAAUGAUCUGCAGGAGAUGAAGGAAGAGAGCAGGCAGAUGAUGCGAGAGAAGAAAGUAACAAUCCCUGAGCUGUUCCGCUCACCGAUGUAUCGACAGCCCAUCAUCAUUGCAAUCGUGUUGCAGUUGUCCCAGCAGUUGUCCGGUAUCAAUGCUAUAUUCUAUUACUCGACAAGUAUUUUUGAAAAAGCUGGGGUUGAGAAGCCUGUCUAUGCCACGAUUGGUUCCGGUGUGGUGAACACAGCUUUCACUGUUGUAUCGUUGUUUGUGGUGGAACGCGCUGGGCGACGCACACUGCAUCUGAUUGGCCUGGCGGGGAUGGCCAUCUGUGCGAUCCUGAUGACGAUUGCACUUGUCCUUCUGGACCAGCUGACUUGGAUGAGCUACAUAAGCAUUAUCGCCAUUUUUGGGUUUGUGGCCUUCUUUGAGGUUGGACCUGGCCCAAUCCCGUGGUUUAUUGUUGCGGAGUUGUUCAGUCAAGGACCCAGACCAGCUGCUAUUGCAGUGUCUGGUUUGUGUAACUGGACGGCAAAUUUCAUUGUUGGCAUGUGUUUCCAAUAUGUCGAGCAACUCUGUGGACCUUACGUUUUCAUCAUCUUCACCGUACUCCUGGUUCUGUUUUUCGUAUUCACCUACUUCAAAGUCCCUGAGACCAAGGGAAGGACAUUUGAUGAGAUUGCCUCUGGUUUCCGUCAGGGUGCAGGGGUUAACUCACCAGAAAAGCACAGUCCAGAGGAACUCAACAGCCUGGGUGCGGACUCACAGGUUUAAGUGGGAGCAGUGUUGGAACAGCCGAAUAGAAGCCAAUGGGACUAGCUUAUGCCCACACUACUGACAAAAUAUGUAACAGGGUGGAGUGUCUGGCCUGUCAGCAGAUUCCUGUGAAUGUACAGGAACUAAGCUCUGAUUGUUUACCAGUACACAUCUCCAUUUGUUUAAAAUGUUAUGGUCAGUAAGCAGAACUAACCUUUUUUGACUAUCUUAUGUGUUGACUGAUAUAAUUAUUAAUUAGCAUUUCAAAGCUUUCCGUGUAUAGCGUUGAGUAUUUAUAUGUUGAAUAUGUUUAUAGUGUUUAUAGGAAAUAAAUUAUAGAGGUAAAGUUAAUGUAAAUAUAAUGAGCUACAUGUCACAUGUAAUGUAUAAACACAGAAUAUGGUCUAGUUUCUGUAGAAAUGGCUAGUUGUAAAUGAUAGAAUAACUUUUUGUACACUUCACAUUGUAGAAAGCUGCUCCUGGUUCACUGGAUCAGCCCUUAAUAUUUUUUUUAAAAAAUAGUUUGUCAUUAUUGGAGAACAUUUUAAAUCAUCUAGAAAUCUGUGAUAUUUUAGUGGGCGAAUGUUCUCCCACGUUUGAAUACAGUUUCUCUGUGAUGUUGCAGAAGAGCUGAUAACCCAAUAAGUGAGCAUACUCUCACUCACAUGGCCAGCACCAGUGUCCAGGCUUUUACUGACCAGCCACCUAUCUCCUACACAACAUAAAUACUUUUGUACUGUAAUUUAUAAGUAGCUUUUCCGAAACACUGGUAGUAAGUAAUGUUGUCACUGGAAAGAGUUUGGUGUGAGCCAUUAUCACUUCUAUACAGAUGUGCCAAACAUUGCUUUUGCAAUUAAUGCAAUGUAUUCACCGAAUUCAGCCACCACACAGUCAUGUGAUAUUGAUGGAGAGGCUGGUGAGGAUGCUUGGCUUGUGUUGCUACCAAAUCUGGCAAAUAUUUCCACCCCUCCCCCUACCUCCAAAACAUUUUUGGUGAGUCAAUACUUAAAGUAUGGACGCUGCCAAAAUGAAUUGAGUUUGUUUUCCCUCAAAGUACCUAUCUAGGGGCCCAUUUUCAUUUGAGCAUAUUAUUUUAUUCCUGGUUAUAAAAUGUAAUCAUGUGAAGCAGUCACCUGUUAGAUACAACUGUGUCAUCUGUCCAAAUAUUGGUCACAUGAAAUCCACGACACAUUCUUUCAUUGUUCAUUUUUACCAACUUUAUGUAAUCAAUUUUAAGAUUUUACAAUAAUUUCUUUCAGAAUUAAUAGACUUUCUGGAUUUCUCAGUAUCUUUUCCUCACCCUUUUUCAUUGCUGGGGUAUUAUUAAUAUUUGCUUAACGUCCAAUACCCAGCCAAGGAUAGAUGUCAAAAAGAUCAUGAUGGUCUCUUUGCUACUUUCUGAAACCUCCCAUUCAGAUUUCCAAACUGUUUGUGAUCUUUGCCUCCAUUUAGUUUUUUUGCAAAAACCUUGGAAAACUGUACAUUCUUCACAAUAUUGAGCUGGUUUUGGAUAUGAGCUCAGUAUUUCAGAUAGUGCCUUGUGUGGUUGUGGACUCUGACAUUGCACAGAGUGAAAGUUAGGGAGUAAGCAUCUGUUUCCAUCUCUGCCUGUUAUUAUUUCCUCAGUUGGAAAUAAAAGGCAGGAGGCCUGUAAGGAAAGUUAACAUUUUAGAGGAUCUGAGAAACCCAGGCCUCCCCCUGGUGUUUGAGCCCCUCACCAGCAACUGAAGGCUCUCUUUUGUUUCUUUAGAGAAACCUUAAACAACAAUUAUUCAUCCGCAAUAAAGAAUAAAUAGAGAAUUGCUUUAUUUUAGUUUAGGCGGUUUUUAUACAUAUUUUAAUCUGGGAAAGAAAAGUAGAAAGAGAUGUAAACUGAACAAAAAUUAUAUAAAAUACAUUUUCUCUUGGUAA